AUGACCGCAAGACCUCUGAGCGCAGAGAAAAAAAUACGACAUUAUCACUUCAACCUCCAAGAAGUCAUCCGUGGCAGACCGCAUGCCGCCUAUUUUCUACCCGCCAUCAAGGUCGCCCAGUUUCUCAGCUGCGGUUGUCAUGUAAAGAUACUCCUUGCUGACCUUCAUGGCUUUCUCGAUGCCGACAAAGCUCCAGAGGAAGUGCUGGAAUUUCGAGCCCAGUACUACGAGCGGGUUAUUCGAGCCUUACUCCGUAGCGUUGGCGUCGACUUGAGCAAUCUCGAGUUUGUUCGCGGCAGCUCGUACCAGCUCAGCCCCGAGUUCUCUCGCGAUCUUCUGCGGCUCAGCAAGAAAGUUUCGGUCCAUGGCGCCGUGAAAGCGAGCUCCGAGAUCGUAAAAUCUACGGGCGACCCUUGCAUGGCGGAUGCCAUUUACCCAAUGAUGCAGCUUCUCGACGAAGAAUACCUCGACGUGGAUGCUGAGUUCGGAGGCCUUGACCAGCGCAAAACUUUUGCGCUGGCCAACGACACCAUGCACAAGAUGGGCUUCAAGACUAGAGCACAUCUCAUGACUGGAAUGGUGCCAGGCUUGUCGGGAGGGAAAAUGAGCAGCUCUGACCUGAAGUCCAAGAUCGACCUGAUCGACGAUGAAGCAACAAUACGCAAAAAGGUCUCCAAGGCCGUCUGCGCUCCACGAACCGUGGCAGGGAACGGGAUACUGGCCUUCAUCCAGCACGUCAUACUUCCAUUCUCAGCUCUGCGUUCCGUCGACGGCAAGGCCGCUCUAAAAGUGGUGUUGAAGGACCAGACGGAACCGACCACGUUCACGAAUUUUCAACAAAUAGUCUCGGCUUACGAAUCUGAUGUACUUACACCUCAGAUUGUCAAAGCAAUUGUCCAAAAGGGCUUGAUCGAACUCAUUGACCCUAUUCGCAAAGAGUACACAGAGGAUGAGGAGUGGCAAGACAUCGCUCGCAAGGCUUACCCUGAUUUGGGUGCGACCAGACCUCAGAAGGAGUGA